UCAGCUGACUUCUACUACAACAAUCUUGAGUCUUCGAGUCUCAUUAGUAGUGCAACAUGGCUUCGUCUGAGACAGUCUGUUGUAUCUGCGCCCUCUUCUUUGGUGGGAUUUUCUGUACAUUAAUCUGGACAGUCACUGCCAAGCAUACCUUUCAGAUUGAUUAUGAGAACAACUGCUUCAAGAAAGAUGGGGAAUCAUUUCGAUACAUCUCUGGUAGCAUUCAUUACUCCCGCGUACCUCGCUACUACUGGAAGGAUCGCAUACUGAAAAUGUAUAUGUUAGGCCUCAAUGCAGUUCACACGUACGUACCCUGGAACUUUCAUGAAGUUAUGCCAAAAAAGUUUGUUUUUGAUGGAGACAAGGAUUUGGAACACUUUUUACAGCUGGCCAACAGUACUGGAUUGCUGGUAAUUUUAAGACCUGGUCCUUUCAUCGAUGCUGAAUGGGACAUGGGAGGUUUGCCUGCAUGGAUAUUAAAGAAAUCCAAUGUUGUUCUUCGAUCUAGUGACCCAGAUUAUCUUGCAGCUGUGGACCAGUGGAUGAAUGUACUGCUGCCAAAAAUUAGACCAUUUUUGUAUAAUAAUGGGGGACCAAUCAUAUCUUUACAGCUAGAGGAUGAGUAUGGGAGUUACUUUGCAUGCGACUAUGAUUAUCUUCGCCAUCUUGUGAAACUGUUCCGUUAUCAUCUUGGUGAUGAAGUUAUUCUAUUCUCAACUGAUGCCUCAUCAAUCCAUGCCGUUAAAUGUGGAACUGUUGAUGGACUCUACGCAACCGUUGACUUUGGACCAACUGAAAAUAUUACUGCUUGCUUUGAAGUUCAGAGGCAUUUCGAACCAAAAGGACCCCUGGUUAACUCUGAACUGUAUACAGGCUGGCUUGAUCACUGGGGUGAAAAACACCAGGUUGUUGCCACAAGUAUCGUAACCAAAGCUCUAGAUACAGUUCUUGGACUUGGAGCAAAUGUCAACCUGUACAUGUUAAUAGGAGGAACAGAUUUUGGAUAUUGGAAUGGUGCAAACACUCCAUAUGCAGCCCAGCCCACUAGCUAUGACUACGAUGCCCCAUUAUCUGAAGCAGGGGACUUGACAGAUAAAUACUUUGCUAUAAGAGAUGUUAUUAGAAAGCUCAGUGCUCUGUCUGAAAUGCUUGAUGUAAUGUGCCCCUCUGGACCAGUGAAGAGUGUUUAUCCUUUAAAUUUUGUUCAGCUGAACCAGUAUUUUGGAUUUGUGCUGUAUAGAACUUCACUGCCGAAGGACUGCAGCAACCCAACAUCACUCUCUUCCCCAUUAAAUGGAGUUCAUGAUCGUGCCUAUAUCACAGUGGAUGGGGUACCACAGGGAGUUCUGGAAAGAGAUAAAGUGCUUUCCAUAAACAUAACUGGGAAGGCUAAAGCAACACUUGACAUCCUUGUGGAAAACCAAGGCAGGAUCAGUGUUGGCAGAUACAUUAAUGAGUGUAAGGGCCUAAUAACAAACCUCACUUUAGGUAAAGAUUUCUUGACUGGCUGGACCAUGUACCCAUUAGAUAUUGAUGAAGCUGUAAGCCGAGGCCUGAAGGAAAAGAGUCGUAAACCAUCCAUGAGCUCUAGAUCAUCAGCUUUUACAGCACCUGCAUUUUAUAUUGGCAGUUUUGACAUUCCAAGUGGAAUUCCAGACCUACCUCAGGACACAUUCAUCAACUUCCCUGACUGGGCCAAGGGACAAAUAUGGAUCAACGGUUUUAACUUGGGUCGUUACUGGCCUGCAAGAGGUCCCCAGAUAACUCUGUAUGUUCCCAGGCACAUUCUCUCUACUUCUGCACCAAACAACAUUACAGUGUUGGAACUGGAAAAAUCCCCAUGUGAUGUCAAACCUUGUGUUGUAGAGUUUGUGGAUACACCUGUUCUGAAUGCCACAGUUUCUAACAUUUUCCCUGGUAGAAAGCUCUUUGUAGGACUUUAUUAAAUGAUGUAAUAUAUUUUGCACAAGGUUCUAUUUUAGGUGGUUGUGUUCAGGUCUUCAUUCUUGGUGAUUAGCAGAACAGAAAAAUGGUGAGAUUAAAUAUUGUUGAUAUUUUAUGGCACUUAGUAUGUGAUACUGUGCUACUUAAAAUGGGAAAGAAGGGUCACAAGCUACAGUAAAUAUGUGAGAAGUUGGUUGUUUUUCCAUUAGUCUGCUUGCUUUCUCAGGGCAACAAAAACAAUUUUUUUGAACUGGUGAGAUCUGUGACAACAACAAAAAAAUAAUCAUUUUUUUCAGACUCUAUUCUAAAUGUCUCUGGCAUUUUGGAUUUUUGACAUGUUUAAAACAUUUGAGUAAAAGCUGUUGCCAGUUGUGCUAGUAAACAUGCCAUCAUUUCUCCUGCUUUACUCUGUAGUUUAGCCUGUUCUUCUGAUGUUAUGGAUUAAUUUGAAUACAUUUUCUUCUGUUUUUAACUUUUUCCUUGUGACAGGUAAGGCUUACUCAACCCUUCAUAAUUUAAAGGGCUUUAGGUACUGUUUCUCAUUAAGGCAUUUCAAAGUACAUCGGAUCUGGUACUCAUAUCAUUCUAUAGAAAAAGUAGACUUAACUGUAGCCAGACAAAUCUCGUAUCUCCAUAGUGCCAUAAGAUUCCAAAACCGGUGGCACUGAGUUACUGGAACUGGACAUACACUUUACAUGGUUUACUUCCAAGUUUCAGUCUUUCAUUAAAUAUUCAGCUUGGCAGUGCUUUGUUAGUUAGAAAUGCAUGUAUAUUAUAUACAGACCAUCAUAGAGUCAGACUUUUGGUGAGUGACAACAGACAAGUGAGUUUCCUUUUAAUUGUUUUUCUUAGCUCUCAGCAACACACAUUAGAAAACAUUUACUUUUUCUUAUUUCAUUUGUAGGGAGCUGUUCUCUACUUUUUUAAUAGUGACCAGAUCAUAUUUAUAUUUUGUGGCUUUAUUUGCAAGAAGGCUGUUAAGGGCUAAAAGGAAUUUUAGAAUUCACUGUGAAGUUAUGUGCUACUCUGGGAAUAUCACUGUGUUGUGCUCAAACUUUGGUAAGGAUUUAAAAUAAGGGUUGUCAAGUAAUAGAAAUAUAAUGUGAAAAAAUAAAGAAUGUUGUGGUCCUUGGA